CAGCUGAUUAGUCGACAUGACAGCUGAUUUUGGGCAGAUCAGAUAAUAUUGCUUGCAAUGUUAUCAGCCGAUGGUUUUCUAACAUUGACAUUAUUCAAUGUGGCUAAAUUGUACCUGCUCAAAAAGAGAACCUGAAAACUGUUUGGAAAGGAAUUUAUGUCAGGCUUUUUCUAUUUAUUUCGGCAAAGAUCAUCAAAAUGCGUGUUUUAUCUACACAGAUAAUGAUAUGUAAUGCGUUUAUAGUCAAACUUUACCCUUGAUGUCACUUUCGCCUUAUUGAUGUGUGUUUUUUAUCGACUAGUUUUUGACUGAAAACAGUGUGUGUACAAGAGUACAAUAAAAACAAUUUUUCUGAUCACUGUAACAUUGAUUUAUAGUUUGUUUAUAGUUCAUUGUUAAUAAAACGACAAUAAUGUUUCUUAAACCAUUAAAAAUAAAAUCAAAUAAUCAACUUAAAGGAACUGAAAGGAAAAAAUUGUACGAAGAUAUACUUGCAGCAUAUCCCGUAUUAACUGAUAAUCAAGUGCAACAAUUAAUACCAAAAAAAGAAGCGCUAUCCUUAAUAAAAAUUGUGGCGUAUAGUGGUGAAACAUGCAAAUUGUAUUGUGUUUCUAAAGUUCCAAUGUUCUUCCAAUUUGAUCAGACUGCACCAUUAUUAUAUCCUACUAUUUAUACUCUUUGGCAAUAUCCAGAUUUGUUAUAUUCAUUCAAAACUCAUGAAGCAGUAAUUGCUAAAUUAGUUAAUGGGGCUAGUUUAAUGCUUCCAGGGAUCAUAUUAGAUGGUCCACCAACACUACAUUCUUACGGGAAAUUAGCUAAAAAUACUCCUGUUGCUGUGAUUACUGAAAAAAAUAAGGCUGCAAUAGCAGUAGGGGUAACAGCACAUUCCUCUGAAGAUAUGUACAUGGCUGGCGGUCGUGGCAAAUGUGUUGACAUAUUACACAUUAUUGGUGAUUCGAUUUGUCAGUUAGGAAAACCAUUAAAAAGGCCACAGUUAAAUCCAGAAUCUCCUGUAACAGAGAUUAUUGCUACUAAAGAUGAUGAUUUAUUAAUAGAUGAACCUGAAAAUUCUCCUAAUAAUGAGGAGUUAACUGAUAGUGCCACUCAAAUGUUAAAUGAUUUGACGAUGGAGACUGAUAACGAUAAUGAUGAACCUAAUGCAACACCACAAGAAAAUAAUAUUGAUUUAUAUACUGAUGUAACUUUAAAUGAACCACUAGAUGAUCCAGUGAAGGAGAUGGAUAGAUUAUUAGAAUAUUGUUUACUUAAAGCCUGUAAAGGGAUAAAGAAAAGUGAACUACCACUUCUUAGCUCAAAUUUUUUUAAAAAUCAUUUAUUAGUUGCAUGUCCUUCUAAUCAAACUAUUGAUAUUAAAAAAUCUAGUUUUAAAAAAUUAUCAGUAUUCUUGGCAAGUAUGAAAGCAAAAGGUGUUAUUGAUACUACUAUUCUUAAAGGAGUUGAAAGUAUAAUUUAUAUUCAGUCUGACCAUCCAUUGUUAAAAGACUUAGUUAUCAAUGAAGUAUCAGAAUCAUCGGAUCUAGAUAAUCCAUCUGCCGCACCUGUUGUUUCUGAAUGUUAUAAAGUUACUGCUGAUGUGUUGCCAAUACUUUCCAAGUUUGGAUAUGAAAAAGGAGAUAUUAUGAAAAAAACAGAUAUACGUAAAUGUUUAAUGGAGUAUAUUAAAACGGAAAAUUUGCAGGAUGGAAAAACAUUGAAAAUAAAUCCUCAGCUUGCUGGAAUAUUACGCACAAAAGAAAGUGUGAUAACUUUAACGAUAGAAGAUGGAAUAAAUAAAUUUAUUGGACGAAUGACUCAUACACAUCAGAUUACAGUGGCUGGUACAACAUUGUUACAUACAGGAAGAUUGGAACCUAUUGAUAUAACUGUUAGUACUCGUGCAAAUAAGAAAAAAGUUACAUUGGUAAAUAAUCUAGAAGUAUUUGGCAUAAAACUCAAUGAAUUUAGUAAAGAGUGUCAAGGGAUUGGUGCUAGUGCAACAAUUACUGAUGUACCUGGUAAAAAGUCACCAAGUGUAUUAGUUCAAGGAAAUCAAGUUCUUUAUGUCUAUAAAUUAUUAACUGAAAAAUAUCGGAUUAACAAAAAUUAUAUACGUGGCCUAGAGUAUGCGCCAAAGAAACGAAAAUAAUUUAUUAAUUAAAGUAAUUGAAAUAAACUUAUUAUUUAUAAAGUUGUGUGAUGAAUAUCGUAUACUAAUAAUUAUAUGAUAAAUCCAAAGUAA